UUGCUUGGGUUUCCUAGCACUUAUCUUAUGAGGAAAUUGGACCAUCCUAGACGAUCCAAACGCCAUGCCUCACAUUUGACCAAACGUCUAUCAGAUGAUAAAAGGGUAAUCUGGGCAGAGCAACAGAUUGCUAAAAAACGUGCUAAACGUGAUUUUUUUCGAAGCCGAAGAAAUCAAAACAAUAUGAUUAUGGACGAAAAUGAACAUCGAUUUGAAGAUGACCUCUGGGGACAUCAAUGGUACUUGCAUGACACACGAAACAUGCCUGACUUACCUGAAUUAGACCUACACGUCACUAAAGUUUGGGAUAUGGGAUACACCGGAAAGAACGUAGUCGUAACUGUGAUGGACGAUGGUUUGGAGUGGAACCACACAGAUAUAAAGAAAAAUUAUGACCCCAAAGCCAGCUGGGACACAAAUGAUAAUGAUCCAGACCCCUUUCCUCGAUAUGAUGAAUUUGAUUCCAACAAUCACGGAACUCGCUGUGCUGGAGAAAUUGCAAUGGAAGGAAACAAUUACAAGUGUGGAGUUGGUAUUGCAUACAACGCAAGAAUUGGGGGUAUUCGUAUGUUAGACGGACCUGUGACUGACGCGGUAGAGUCAGUAUCUCUGGCUUACAAUGUGGACUACAUUGACGUUUACAGCGCAUCCUGGGGGCCAAAUGAUGAUGGGAUGACAGUGGACGGCCCGAAGCGGCUUGCAGUCGAAGCUUUAGAGAAAGGAAUUUUUAAAGGACGGGGCGGCAAGGGUGUUAUCUACGUGUGGGCUGCUGGUAACGGUGGAUCAAGAUCCGACAACUGUAACUGUGACGGCUACACUAGCUCCAUCUAUACUUUAUCGAUAGGUAGCGCAAGUCAGCAAGGCCAAUUUCCGUGGUAUGGUGAAAGGUGUGCUUCAACAUUAGCUGUGACGUAUUCAAGUGGAGCAUACUCGGACCAGAAGAUUUCUACGAUUGAUAUUCACAAUGGAUGUACGACUGAUCACACAGGGACAUCAGCAUCAGCGCCUCUAGCAGCUGGAAUAAUUGCUUUAGUACUUGAAGCCAAUAAAAAUCUCACCUGGCGGGACAUGCAACAUCUGGUGGUCUGGACGUCUGACUACGAGCCUGUAAAAAGCAAUAUUGGCUGGAAGAAAAACUCCGUUGGUCUGAUGUUCAACAGUCGUUUUGGGUUUGGAGUAAUGAACGCAGAGUCACUUGUCAAGGCUGCUGUGAACUGGAAGAAUGUCCCUCAGAAGGCCAUCUGUAGUUCGACCACUUAUACGAGUCUACCCGUAAGCAUCGUUUCGAACCAGGCCGUUUCUGUUGCGUUCGUCACUGAUGCCUGUAAAGACACCGACAACGACAUUAACUACUUGGAGCACGUGGAAGUUACCGUCGAUAUUGAGUACAACAACCGUGGAGCUUUGGACAUGUUCUUGUUCUCACCUUCAGGUUCGGUCAGUAUGUUACUAUCAAGAAGACAAAAGGACACUUCAUCACUCGGGUUCCGAAACUGGACUUUCCUCACUGUCCACUUAUGGGGAGAAAACCCGAAAGGCAACUGGUCACUUCUUGUCCGUGACAAGUACGGUGAAAACUACCACGGAUACAUCAAGAAUGUUACUCUGACAUUCCACGGAACUCGUGACCAGCCAGACCACAUGAAGAACGGAUCUAGGAAAUAUGCCAAUGAAAGAGACGUAGCAAACGUUAUUGAUAAAAAAAUGGAGUACGAAGAAGAGGAUGAGAAAUUCAUCACCGAAAAAAAGGAGAGAGACAACGUUUUAGAGGAACUGAAAAGUGCCCAUGGUGGAACAAUAGAUUGGAAAGACUUGAUUGGCUACCAGUUACGAAAGACACUUCGGGACGUUCCUAAACAGGCAUCUCUUUACAGAAGCCUACAACCUCUAUACAGUCUUCCUGAUUUGAUAAACGAAGAAUUUGAUAUAGACGACACACCACGUUCUCGAUACUAUGGGACCAGAACAUUUUGGUAAAGUAAAAUAAUCAAGUAAUUGCACAUAAAUACGAAAUGCACGGAUAACGGGCACCAAAGGAUUCAAAUAACGCUAAUUGAACUUGGAAAAAGAAACAUUUUGUUUUUAUUUUUGGAUUCUUGAGGACUGUAUAACCAGUCUAUUAUUUCUAGUCAUUAAAGCCUGUCUCAAAGUACAAAACUGUACAAAAAAGUAUCGGUAGUAAAAACAUUUUAUUCACACAAGUAAAACUUUUAAAGAAAUGCUAAAAAAGAAUAAUUUAUAAAAAUAAUUACUUCAUAAUUAACUCCAAAGAGGGCUAUCACUAAUUGUGGAAAUAUUUAGGUUAUCACAAGGUCACGUUUAAUGUAUAGAAGUGACAUAAAUAAAAAAUAUAUAUUAAAAUUA